AUGCAAAAGGAAGAUAAAAUCACAUCUGUGAUAUCUCAUUCACAGGAAUCCGAGUCUAUCCAAGGAGAAUAUACAACCUAUCACAACAAAGACAAAUCAACAUGGGACAAGAUUGUCGACUUUCUUGCUGUGCAAGAAAAGGGAGACUUAUCUGCGGUACAGAUGUUUCUCUAUAAUCAUGAUCUUCGACCAGUGGAAAAAGACAGAAGAACAUGGUCUUGGUACAACUUUGUGUUUUUCUGGAUUGCCGAUUCUUUUAAUGUUAAUACUUGGCAAAUUGCUGCAACCGGUGUCCAAGCAGGUAUGACUUGGUGGCAAACAUGGAUCUCUGUGUGGCUUGGUUAUGCCCUUUGUGGGAUCUUUGUAUCCCUUGGUGCUAGAAUUGGUAUUAUGUACCAUAUUUCAUUCCCGGUGGCUGCUAGAUCUUCAUUUGGUAUCUUUGGUUCGUUAUGGCCAAUUCUUAACCGUGUGGUUAUGAGUUGUGUAUGGUAUUCAGUUCAAGGUUGGAUUGGUGGUCAAUGUGUGCAAUUGAUGUUACAAGCAGUUUUCCCUCAUUAUAAACAGAACUUGAGUACCCAACUUAAAGGAACUACUACCUAUGAAUUUUUAGGAUUUUUCCUUUUUUGGUUAUUCUCUCUUCCUGCUAUUUGGUUCCCUCCACAUCAAGUACGUCAUUUAUUCACAAUCAAAGCCUAUAUUGUCCCGGUGGCAGGUAUUGGUUUGCUUGUAUGGACCAUUGUUAAGGCUCACGGUAUUGGUCCAAUUGUUCAUCAAAAGGGAAGUCUUCAUGGUUCUGAAUUAGGUUGGGCAUUCGUCACUUCCACUUUGAACUCUCUUGCAAAUUUUGCCACUUUAAUUGUUAAUGCUCCUGAUUUCUCCCGUUUUGCAGACAAACCAUCAUUUGGUAUCAAAUAUUUGGUUUAUACUCUCUCCAUUCCAAUUUGUUUCAGUCUUACUUCUUUAAUUGGUAUUUUAGUCAGUUCUGCAUCCACCAUCAUCUAUGGUGAGACUGCAUGGUCCCCAUUAGACGUUAUGGGUAACUUUUUGAUUGGAAAUAAAUCUGGAAGUAGAGCGGGUGUAUUUUUCAUUGCAUUUGCAUUUGCAUUGGCUCAAUUGGGUACUAAUAUCUCUGCCAAUUCCUUAUCCUUUGGUACCGAUGUCACAGCUAUGUUACCUAGAUUUAUCAACAUUAGAAGGGGUGGAUUCAUUUGUGCCGCAUUAGCAUUGUGUAUUUGUCCAUGGAACUUGAUGUCUUCUUCAAGUAUGUUCACAACUUACUUGUCUGCCUAUUCUGUUUUCCUUUCCUCCAUUGCUGGUGUUGUUGCUUGUGAUUACUUCUAUGUUAGAAGAGGUCACAUUAAAUUGACUCAUUUAUAUUCAUUACAUGCACCAGAAGAACCAUCUGCUCCUUCCUACUACAAGUUUGGUCCAAUUGGUGUUAACUGGAGAGCUUAUGUUGCUUAUAUCUGUGGUAUUUUGCCAAACAUUGUUGGAUUCGUUGGUGCCACCAAAACACACAAGGUUCCUAUUGGAGCUACCAGAGUCUAUGAUUUGAAUUUCUUUAUGGGUUUUAUUUCCGCAUUCAUAAUUUAUGCCUUCCUUUCUUAUCUUUCCCCAGUUCCUGGAUGUCCUGAUGUGAAACCAUUUCAAAAAGGUUGGUUUGAAGAAUGGCAGGAAGUUGAAGAAUUUGAUGAAGAAUUACAAGGACAUGUUGUCAAUUCUACUGGGUUUGAAAAACCUUACGGCUCUCACUAUUAA